AAAAAAAAACAGAGAGAAUUAGAAAGAACAGAGCAGCAGCAUCCUUUGUUCAUUUGUCCAAUUGUUGAUCAAUAUUUCACCACAAAUCACAACAUGUUUGUGCACAAGGACCAGUCCAAUGUCAUCAAGAUGCUGAGGAAACAAAUUGCUGACUUGGAGGAUGAGAAAGAGAGUGUGCAGCGCUAUACUGAAGAUUUUCCCAACAGCAGAACUGAGGCGCUUGAGAAUUGGUUGAAGAACACAUUAGAGCCCAUUCAAACAGCACACCAUUUGGUAGAAGCUGUUGGGAAACGUGGGAAGUCUCCUUUCCAACUUAGAAAGAAGGCGGAGAAGAUAUGCAAGGAUAUUGCUGCACAUGUUCAAAAAGCUCGCGGAUUCUCCGAUAUCCCACUUUCCUAUCGACAAGAGAAAGUGGCUGCUGAUCGUUUUGAGAACUUUGGAUCGAGAAGCGAUGUUUUGAAGGACAUCAUGGAGGCACUACGAAGUCCAGUCAUCAACAAGAUAGGAGUGUACGGGAAGCCUGGCAUGGGGAAGACAAUGUUGAUUAGAGAAGUUAAAAGAAGAGCUGAGCAAGAGAGGUUGUUUGAUGCGAUUGUUAUGGCAACUGUGAGUAGGAAUCCAGGCUACGGAAGAAUUGUACGUGAAAUUGAGUUUGGCUUGGGUCACGAUUUUUUUUCCAGUGAACUCACAUCUCUGGAACCUUCUAAUUCAAACGAGGCAAGGCUGAUAGAAAAGAACGUCCUUUUGAUUUUUAACGACCCAUGGGACUACUUCCCAUUAAGUGACUUCCUUGGAAUGCUCUCAAGCUGGGAAAAGUACUACUCUUUCAAAAUUUUGCUGGCCUCUACAGAUGGAGGUGUUGAACCUCAUCUAUUGGAAACACAAAUUGAAGUUGGCAGAUUAGCUUGGGAAGACGCAUGGAAACUAUUUAAGAAGUUAGCUGAUGAUCCAGAUAAAAAUCGUGGUUUGCCGUUUUAUGCAAACCAGAUUACUAGGAGGUGUGAGGAAUUGCCCAUUGCUGUUGCAACACUCGCAAAUGGCUUGAGAAGAAGGAAUCUGAUUGAGUGGAAGACAACUUUACGAAAGCUACAAAGCCAGCCCUCUGAUCUGCCGAAUUCAAGUCAGAUACCACAAAGCCUGUAUUCAGCUAUCGAGUUGCAUUACAGUGGUUUGAAAAGUAAGGAACUCCAACAAAUUUUCUUGCUUUUCAGUCUACUGGGUCAGAAUGCAACCAUUCAAAACUUGUUGAAAUAUGGUAUAGGCUUGGGCUUAUUCCCAGGAGUCAAAUCUAUAGAGGAAGCACGAGCUGAAGUGCUAAAUUUGGUGACUAAACUCAGAGAUUCUUCCUUGUUGCUGGAUAAUGGUAGCGGUUUGUUCUUCCAUAUGCACGAUCUUGUUCGAGAUUUUGCCAUAUCGACUGUUUCUAAGGAGUUUGGCGUGUUGGCUUUAACAGAAAACGCACCAAUCAACCGGUCACACAUGGAGGCGAUGGAGAGCAUCAAAUGGAUUUAUUUAUCAAAUGGGGACGCCAGUCAGGUUCCAAAUAAGUUGAAAUGUCCAAAACUUACUUUCUUUCAUUUGUCUGAAGAGAGUCCUUCCCUAGCAAGUCCACCAAACUUGUUUAGGGAUAAGGAAGGACUCAAAGUCUUGAGUUUGUUGAACAUGAAGUUCUUGUCAAUCCCUUCCUCAUCAAUUUCCCUCCCAAAAAGCCUUUGUACCUUGUGUCUGGAUCAAGUUGUGUUAGGAGCAGCAAAUAUAGGCACAAUGAUUGGAGAACUAGAGAAUUUGCAAGUCCUCAGUCUUGUAGGAUCUGAUAUCAAAGAGUUGCCAGAGCAAAUGGGGCAGCUAGCCAAUCUGAAGUUGUUAGAUUUGAGUGAUUGUACCAAACUCAAAGUAAUUCCACCAGGUGUCUUGUCAAGUUUGUCAGGAUUAGAAGAACUAUAUAUGAGAAACAGCUUUGUUCAAUGGGCGGAGGGAAUUGAGGAGCAUGAAAAUCAAAAUGCUAGCCUAGCAGAGUUGCAGACUUUAAUGUUGUUGACUUCUAUAGAGCUACAUGUUAUUUGCAAUAUUCAGAGGAUUCCGGAAGGCUUGUUCUCUGAAAAUUUGCCAAGAUUCAAAGUUUUCUUGGGAGAUAGGUGGAACAACUGGAAUAGUUCUGGGGGAGUUUCAAAAUUAUUGAAGCUAAAGCCAGAUGCAAGAAUUAGUUCUCACCACUCAGUUAGGAAGUUGCUAAAGAAGACAAAUGAACUACAUCUAGAAGGAUUGAUUGGUGUUAAAAAUGUAGUCAAUGAGUUAGAUAACGAUGGUUUCCAAGAAUUGAAGUAUCUCUUUGUCCGAGAUGCUUUGGAGAUUCAACAUAUCAGCUCAGUGAAGCCUGCAUUUCCUGUAUUGGAGUUGAAGAAUUUGUUCUCCUCCUCUAUAGCCAGACAGCUUCAGCAACUACAAGAAAUUAGAGUGAAACACUGCAGUGACAUGGAAGAGAUUAUUGAUGACAAAGAGCAAGAGAGUGGGAAUAGUGCUGAAAAACGUGAAGGACAUACUGUGGAAUUAAUUACCCUGCAAUCCUUGAAGUUACAACGUCUACCAAAGCUGAUUAGCUUCAACAGUAGUUGCAGGAACAUGACUUUUUUCAAUGAAAAGAGGCUAGAGGAGUUGCAAUUGUGCUCGAUUGGGAAUAUUGACACCAUAUGGCACACUUCGAUGAUAUCUUGUUUUGAGAAACUGAAGAAAUUAAUUAUUCAUGACUGUAAAAAUCUGGAAUACCUACUCUCAUCUUCGGUUGCAUCGGAUUCAGAAGGGAUGAUCCAACUCCUCCUUCCAAAACUGAAGAGGUUAGAAUUGGGAGAUUUGCCCCAGUUGAAGAGCAUCUGUAGGGAGAGGGCAGCAAUGGUAUGUGAUUCUCUUGAAUGGAUUAUAAUUCGGAAUUGCUAUAGCCUAAGAAGGUUCCCUCUUUAUCUUCCCCAACUUGAAAAUGGACAACCAUCUCCUCCUCCUUCCCUCAAACAAAUCGUAGUAUGGCCACAGGAAUGCUGGAAAUCUUUCGAGUGGGACCAUCCUAAUGCAGAGCGUGUCCUUCUACAAUUCUGUGGAAGAUAUCAUUCGUUUCCUUCCAAAUUAGUAGAAGGGCGUAUUAAAAUGUUAGAGUUCACCAGUAUUGAUAUAGAGAAUACUUGGCUGCCACCAUCCGUACAAGAAUUAGUUCUUAAUGGAUGCAACUACCUAAGAAGCUUAAAUGAUAUCUCUUCCACUAAAGAUGCAGAAGAAUUGAAGUGCUGCAGGAUUCGGAACUGCAGUGGCGUGAAGUGUUUUCUUUCCUCGUCCAUAAAUCUACUGGCCCAAAAGCUUGAGGUUCUGGACCUUUAUAAUUUGGAAAACUUGGAAGCCCUUUUGGAAGCAGAGGCAAUUACCAAGUCACCACUACCACCUGACACUUUUUCAUCUCUUAAAACAAUGAGUGUUCGAAACUGUCAUAAAAUAAAGAAGUUGUUCUCCUUUUGGAUGAAUCUCCAAAGUCUAGAAGAAAUUCGCAUUGGAUAUUGCGAUCAGAUGGAAGAAAUAAUAGUAUGGGAUGCAGAAGAAGCAGGAGGAGAAAAAGAAGGGGUCAUCCAAUUCAUUCUUCCAAAAUUAAAAAGUUUGAAAUUGAAAGAAUUGCCCGCAUUGAAGAGCAUCUGUAGCAGGAGGGCAGUAAUGGUAUGUGAUUCUCUGAAAGAGAUGCGGAUCUGGAAUUGCCAGGGACUAAGGAGGAUCCCUCUUUAUCUUUCCCUGCUUGAUAACGGACAACCUUCUCCUCCUCCUUCUCUCAAACAAAUCAAAGUAUGGCCACAAGAAUGGGGGGAAUCGUGGUGGGAAUCGUUGGAGUGGGACCAUCCCAAUGCAAAGGAUGUCCUUCUUCCCUUCCUCAACUUCACCAUGGCGCCUCUAAUCGAUGUGGAAAAGGAAGCUGAGACGUCCGCCUCUAUCUCUUCAUGGGCAUCAAGGAAUUUGGACACUUCUCAAAAGAGGGGCUCCGUAAUUCUCAAUCUGUAGUGCAUUGUGAGUUGUAUCAUUUUCUGUAACUGGAUUCCUUAAUCACUGUUGCUUUUGAUAACAUCCCAAAAGAAGAUUUAAACAGUCCCUUCCCUCUAGAAAAUGUGUCAAACUAGGUCUACUAUUAAAAUUCUUCAACAGCUUCUCUGCUUCUCUUAGUGGCUUUAAUUGUUAUACACACAUCUUUGCAAGCCUGAAUGUAUUGGAACUAGUGUAGAAUUCUCAGACCACACUUCCUUCCUUGAUAUUGAUUCUGUAAUCAAUUUCAUUACCGUGU